AUGGCUAACGGAGACCUUCCAGAAUUUUCCAGAGAAUUGCUCUUCUCCGCAAGGUUACUUGCUUGUAAAAAACCCAAUGAAGGAAUCCGCCCCGUUGGGGUUGGGAACUAUUUCAGAAGCCUUACAGCAAAGUUCGACACCAUAGAAAGUUCAGAAGGAGAGAAAGAAGGCGAGAAAAUAGUACUCGUGAGUGCUUACUACGUGAUUGAUUCCUUCACAAAAGUCGGCGGAAAAAUCCGCACAAAGGAAAACUAUUACACGUGGUUAGAUCGAUUCCGUUUUAUAAACAACGACCUGAUAUUCUUUUCCGACAGUUAUGAACCAUUGCGUCAUGUGAGGAAGAUAAGAAAGUCGAAACCAACAUUACUCCUGUUCCUAAACCGAUCAGAACUUAUCGGAUUCAAAAACAUUGACAAAAUAAAUCACAUAUUCACACUCCCUGGAUAUCGACGGGAUUUAACCGAAACAGCAAACUGCCACUACUCGGCUAUCAUGCACUCCAAGCAUGACCUGAUUGAACGAGCUAUUAAAUUGGGUGGAAAUUUGUCUUAUUAUGCGUGGGUCGACGCCGGGUUGUUCCGCUAUACUCCCUUUUCUGAAGACGUCAUAUUGAGGGCCAACAAAUACAUAGACAAGACACGGUUGGUGAUGUCCCAGAUCUAUGACUUCCGUGACUACUCUAUUGAGGAAAUUACCAAGGGUCCCCAUAUUUGGGUCUCAGGGGGGUUUUUGGUGGGAUAUGUCAAUGUUUUGCUCAAGUUUUGCGAAGUUUACAGAAAUUUCUUUUUUAAAUUGCUGUCGAUGAACUUGAUAGCCACUGACGAACAAGCUAUCUACUCGCUCUAUUCGAGUCAGGGAAGGGCUCUUAUGAAUGACAGUGUCAAGUUACAAGUUUUUCAAUGUCAAUAUUUCGGACUAUAUUCCCUGUUUGGUAGAGUUGUUGCGGUUGAAAGCUGUCCAUAA